ACCUGUGUACUUCUCUUCCUAUUAGUUUUUCCAAUUCUUGAGCAGAGACAUAUGUCACUCUUCAUGAGUUAUUCAUCCGGCUAGCUAGCUAGCUGUGUCUCUGCAGAUCCAUCCAUCCAUCGCAUUGAGAUCAUAUUAUGGCCAUAUCCAAGAAAAACAUUACCCCUCUCAUUUGCCUCUCUGUUAUGGUCCUCGAUAUUGUUGCCGGCGUCCUUGGCAUCGAAGCUGAGCUAGCUCAGAACAAGGUGAAGAAGGUGAGACUCUGGAUAUUUGAGUGUAGGGAUCCAAGCCAUGAAGCCUUCAGAAUGGGGGUAGCAGCGGCAGUACUUCUGGCGGUUGCCCACGCUGUGGCUAACUUGCUCGGAGGUUGUACCUGCAUUUGGUCCAAGCAAGAGCUUGACAAGGCAACCCCUAACCAUCAAUUAGCUGCAGCUUCUUUAGCUUUGUCAUGGAUAGUACUAGCAGUUGGAUUUUCGAUGCUGAUCAUAGGAGCUCUGGCGAACUCCAAAUCCAAAGCAUACUGCGGAAUCUCACACCACCGUUUUCUCUCCAUCGGAGGGAUUCUGUGCUUCAUUCACGGACUAUUUUCCAUCGCCUACUACGUUUCCGCAGCUGCCACCGCCAGAGAGAAAGAAUUGGUCGGACCUCCACCCCCUGCCUGAUGAUUGCUCCUCUUCCUCCGGCACUUACCGGUGAAAUUUGUACACAGGAAAGAGAAAUGUCUUCAUUGUUCGAUUGUUUGUAGCACCAACAUCGUUCAGAAUUUUAUUUUAUUUUUUUGGUGCUUUCUGGCAAUGUUUCCAAAAGAUUUUCCUGUUCUUAAGAUUGAAACGUGCUUUGUUAAAACCCCACUAAAUCCCAGAACUGUUGGACAUCAAACAUGCUAUAUUCAUGACACAAACUGAAACAGAGGCGUGCUCAAGAUACCCUUCCAAAGAAAUUACCGAAAUCUUUGAUUUU